CGCUGUGUGCGUGCUCGUUCGUGUGACGCGCGUGCCGAUCGCGCUGCGUUGAGCGCAGUCGAGCGCCCGAAUCGUUACCCCUCCCUUUUGUCCUACUGUUCGUCUCCUCCUCCUUCCCCCCCACCCCUCUUUCGUUCUCUUCGUCCAUCUCUUCUCCGUGUCUCUUUCUUAUCCCUAACCUAACCUAACCUAUUCUUCUUUUGCGGCUCGAACGCUCGGUGGAUUAGGUCGUGGUGCACGCGACAAAUCAUUCUAAAUCAUCGCUAAAUAGGAUUCCGCAUCGGCCAUUUGGAAUCAACUCACCGGCACCGUUUCGUCGACGAUUGGCGUGCACUCGAAGAGGCCGUCCCGAGUCUUUUCCUCCCCCUUUCUACUUGCCUUCGCACUUCGUUCACCUCUGUGUGCAGCCAUGGCCUCCUCCAACCGUGGUAUUCAGAUCGGAUCCGGUUGGUUCCAGGCCAAGAUUAAUCUUAGACCGCAACACCGAGGCGUUCAUUUAGUCACCGAGGAGAUUCUCAGGCAGGUACCUGAGCUCUGCCAGUUUUCCAUUGGUCUCUGUCAUCUCCAAAUUCUACAUACCUCGGCUAGUUUAGCGUUAAACGAGAGCUGGGAUCCAGAUGUGAGGGAUGAUAUGGAAAUGAUGCUUAACAAAAUAGUUCCUGAAGGUUUGGAGUACAGGCAUAGUUGUGAAGGACCUGACGAUAUGCCGGCACAUGUGAAGGCUUGUUUUUUGGGCUCUUCACUGAGCAUCCCAAUCACCGAUGGCAAGCUAGCAUUGGGCACAUGGCAGGGCAUUUGGUUAGGUGAACAUCGUGAUCACGCUGGUAGUCGUAAGCUACUAGUAACAUUGACUGGUGUCUUGAGGGAUUCGGCGCGCAGUCCCCUGAGCCCAGUUAGUCCUAUCGCGUCUACCAGCAGCUAGGACCACUCGCACCCCCGAAGGCGUGGCAAGCGUCAGCCGCGUGCGUCCACCUCAAGCAACUCGAGCUAGCAGCCGCUUUAAGUCCUAGUCAACUUCUAAGAGUACAAUCUAUUGAGGAGGAAUAAGCCGGAUACCUCGCGGACUUACCUAUCGCUCGGGGAUAACCACCGUCAGUAGCGAUCGACCGUGUCCUUGAUGUUUCGCGUCAAUCAUCGAGUGAACAGACCGGAGAUCGUGCAUCGUUCAAGACUUGUGUGCGCGCGUGUAUGUGCUUUAGGAUUUUAUUUGUGUCUCCGUUAUUGUUUUGCAUGAAAAUUCUUUUUCAAUCAUGUGAUGAUGAGCCGUUGGAAUUGUCUGUGGCUAAAAAUCAGCGAAAGUUUCCUAGACAGAGGGAUCCAUGGGACGACCUAAGGUUUUCAACCUGGAUGCUAUUCUUACAAUUCAGCAAGUCACAUUUUAAGGGAACUUUUUCGAAAAAUCGUCACAUUGAGAUGUAAAACGUUUUGCAUUUGAAGAUACAAAAGACUAAGAUCUUUUAAAGCUGUUUCUGUUCCGAGAACUUGGAAGCUAAAAUCUUUGCAACAACUCAAAAUGCUUCCCUCGUUUUUCAUUUUUGGCAUUUUCUUUAGCUUGUACUUAUCACGUUGGACAUUCACAACAUACAAUAAUAAUAAUAGUAAUAAUAAUAAUAAAAUAGAUGGAUAUGAAGAGAUAGAGAACAGAGAAAUGAGGAAAAAACUGCCACGGCGGAUGCGUGUAUUGCACGUGUCUUAUGUAAACAAAACGAAUUAAAUGCAAAUAUCCAGCACUCUUCCGCUUCGUUCUUGAAGAGAGAAGAAAGCAAGAAGCAAGAAAGACACUCGAAGGAAAGCAAUUUGAGGAAAAAAAAAGAGAGAAAGAGAAGGGAAAGAACACACAAAUUUAUGCAUUCUGGAAACGCGUCCAAUACUCCGAAUUUACAUAGCUUUAUUUAGGAAAUCUUUUGUAUAAAUAAAGUUAACGAAUAUGAGCAGCCGUGCGAGGAUUCACAGCAUCCUUUUUUACACUCUGCUAGUUUCGAACUGUUGGAAAAUGAGAAACAAAAAGAGAAGGAAUUAAAAAAAAAAGCAAGAUAAAUAAGAGUGAGAGAGUGUAAGGUACGCGUUGCACACUUUCUAAACCGCUUUAAAAAAUGAUUAAAAGCUCUAAAUUAAUCGCUCGUGAAUACUGAUGUUUUCAUUGGGGGUGUGUAUAUGUAUAUAAGGGGAAGGAGCUAUGAUACUCUUACCUGUGCGCGUUUCCGCUAAAGUUAUAGGAUAUGUUAUAUCUCAUGGGCACAUAGCGCGAUUAUACAGUCCUACGUGAAUUAUAGCGCAUACCCAGAGUGCGCAAAAAAUUAGGUAUAUAAAUACCGCAAGAUAAAAA